AGUCCAUCACUGUUCCCUAUGGCGCGUCACGAAUCUUUGCAAGCGAGUACAGUAUUGAUGACAGGGGACGUUAGCAAAGAAUGCGCUGUCACAGCGCUGGCAUCCCAGCCUGGAUCGCCGAAUGUGAUCUGGACAGCGAGAGAAGACAAGUGCCUCAUGGCCAUUGACGUUCGUUCAAAUGUUGUCGAAAGUAGUAUAACGUUGCCCGCUGCUGGUGAACUCGUGGGAAACUGCGUGGCAUCGGCGAAUUCUGUUUAUGUUGGCGCGGAGUCUAACAUUCUCAAAUACGAUGCCCGCAAUGGCUUACUAGCAGCGGCGUACGUUCCGCAGAACCAGACAAACGAGGUUAAUAACUUCUCCCUAUCACCGAACGGUAGUCAACUGCUGGUCCCGACUGACGAAGGCGAAUUGGUCUUCCUGGACGGCAGCACGCUCACGAAAUGCAGGGAGCCAAUACGCAUCAACGAGGAGGAGCAGGUUUGUUCCUGUGUCACAGCGCGCACUUCCCUUUCCAAUCCGAAUACCACCAUUGACGUUCUGGUGGGAGGUUUCGACUGCACUGUGCGGCGUUUCGCCUUGGAGAAGGAGAACUACCGAGCGCGCGGUAUAUUAGACGUCAGUAAAGCAGUUAAAGAUGAAAACUCUGCGUUGCCUUUGGCAUUCAAUCCUCCCUUUGUGAACUGCAUCGAAUUCGAUCCAUUUGCGAACGACUCGGCCGUGGUCGGCACUGGUAACGGCUCCCUGUGUCUGAUGAGGUUUCGAGGUGACUCGAUCAACUUGAAGGAUUUCAAAACGAGCAUACUCAGGAUACCCGGUCAUAGUCAGUCCAUAGCCGAUUUGACCUACCUGCGCGGCCGCCACGUAGCGUCUGUUGGCUCUGAUGGACGCCUCGCACUGUCAUCUCUAGUCGGGCAAACACCUAGGGUUCUACAGCAGGUUGACCUGGGCUGGAAACCUUCCGCGGUUCGUGCUGUGGGAGAAGACGAUUUAAGCGUUGUUGUCGGCGGAGUUGACGGUCAACUUCAAUGCUUCCACAUACGUCCAUAGACGAGUUCACCAGAC